AUGGCAGGAACAAUCAAAGUUGCGGCCUGUCAUGCUGCGCCUGUCUUCCUCUCCGCUCGGAAAACCACCCAAAAAGCGAUAUCUCUCAUCCAACGCGCAUCUCACAAUCAUGCCAGCUUCGUUGUGUUCCCGGAGACAUACAUACCGGCGUUCCCGAUAUGGAGUGCGCUUCGGCCCCCAACGCACAAUCACGCGUUGUUCACAAAGAUGGCCGAGCAGUCAAUAUACGCUGACGGCGACGAAGUGCAAGCGGUUCAAGCUGCUGCCCGAGAACUGAAAACUUACGUGAGCAUCGGCAUCUCUGAGAAAGUGCGCUACAGCGUGGGAUGUCUCUUCAACUCAAACCUGCUCAUUGGUCCAGAUGGUGCGGUGCUGAAUCAUCACCGCAAGCUGGUACCGACCUUCUUCGAGAAGUUAACGUGGGCACCGGGCGAUGGACACGGUCUCCAGGUUACAGAUACACCUUUUGGAAAGAUCGGAGCACUGAUUUGCGGCGAAAACACCAACCCGUUAGCAAGAUACGCGCUUAUGGCUCAGGGGGAGCAAUUGCAUAUCUCUACAUGGCCGGCUGUGUGGCCCACGCGUGUGGCGGGUAACACCAGUGGAGAAAGCGACAAGGGUAAAGACUACGACAAUGUUGCUGCAAACCGUACAAGAGCUGCUGCUCACUGUUUCGAAGCAAAGGCAUUUGGUGUUCUCUGCUCAGGCUUUCUGGACGAGCACGCGAUUGAAACGAUCGCCGCCGGAGUUCCUGAUGCGGGCGAUAUCAAAAAGGUACUUAGGGGUGCUCAAAGGGGAGCGACGAUGUUCUUAGACCCUACUGGCGCGCCGAUCUCUGGCUAUACUGUGGACAGUGCCACUGGUAUACGAGAAGAGACCGAGUUUCUGCAGCGAGAAGAAGGGAUACUGUACGCUGAUCUUGAUCUGUCGGACUGCGUGGAAGGCAAACAAUUUCAUGACGUUGUAGGUGGGUACCAAAGGCAUGAUGUCUUCCAGUUGACGGUCAAUCGCGAAAGGCAGAAGCCCAUAGCCUUUCGUGCGCCUAGGAGAUAUCCCGACGAUGCACUUUCACAACUCCAUCAUCUAUGA